GAUGUAUCUUUCUUAGUCAGCUGAUGCAAAGGUGCAGUGAUUGUGGACAAAUUUGGAAUGAACUUCCCACAAAAAUGAACGGAUCCCAGGAAAUAUCGAAGGCUAGUGACGUCAGUGGGCUCUGGCAUGUUUCUGACUGCAUUAACUUUGCUUCCUUUCUCUACUCCUUCCGGUGUAAGCGUAUGCCCAAGAUACUCCACAGACGACUGAGCAAAACUACAUUUCUCUAACCGACAUCGCAAUUCAUGUUCCUCAAGGCGUUGUAGAAGCUGCUUCAGGUUCUGCAGAUGAUCAUCAGCACUUUCUCCACUGACCAAGAUGUCGUCCAAAUAUACUGCUACCCCUUGUAGAUCACAUGUCAGUUGUUCCAUUAUCUCCUGAAAGUAGCCAGGUGUAGAGCUGAUUCCAAAUGGUAGUCGAGUUUGCAGGAGAACUCCUCUGUGUGUACUGAGAGCAAGACGUUGUUGACUUUCUUCAGAGAGCUCAAUCUGAUUGUAAGCGUCUGCAAGAUCGAUCUUUGUGGAACCAAAUCCUCCACCAAGUUUCCUCAUGAGGUCCUCAGGAAGUGGAAUGGGUUGACGGUGCUCAUCCAGUUGACAGUUUACUGUCACUGAGUAGUCACCACAGACUCUGAGUGCUGCUUUUCUUCCAGGAAGCGCCGCUUUUCUUAUUGGAACAACAGGAGUACCCGGUACCCCAUUUGUUGAAUGUGACUGGUUUCCAGAUACCACGCUUGAUGUCUGCGUCAUAUGCAGCAUUGAGGUCCUCUUGUAGUGCCAAUGGAAUAGGUCUCGGCUUGCAAAAUUUUGGUUUUGCAUCAGGCUUGAACUUAAUAUCCAGUUUCACUUCUUUCAAACACCCCAACGUUUCUUUGAAAAGAUUCGGUUACUCUUUGCAGAGGUUUUGACAUUUCUUUUGCAGUUGUGAGAGUUGCAUGUCAGUGUUAUUUCUCACCAAAUGAAGGUCUGUCGUAAGAUCUUUGUAAAUAGCAUCUAGUGAGAGUCCAAGUUUACCAAUCGAGCGUAACCCAAUAAGAUUGAGCGGUGAUGUAGUGACGUUGAAAGGUAGACUGUGCAUGGAGUUGUUGUCCAGAUAACAGGCCCCAUUAAGCUGAAGAGCAUUUCUUGCUGCAGAUUCGUAGCAAGUGCUAUUGGGGAAAAGCUUUGGUCGUCCCAAUUGUUUCCAUGUAGAUUCGGAAUAAAGUUAUCGUCCAAAUCCUUCAAUGACCCUCAUCAUUGCUUGCAGUUCUUGCCGAUGUAAAUCUUGUUGCUUUUGAAAUUGCUCCUGUUGUUGUCGAAGUUGAACUUGCUGCAAUUCAAGAAGCUCGACCAACUUUUCAUUUGCCAUUCUUCAGGUGAAAGAUUCUUCUGUAUGCGAAGUCCUCGUCGCCAAUUGAUUUCUGUUGUAUUUUUACGCAUUCGUUAGGGUAGCUUGCGGUGACCGAAAAGCUAGAUCCUCCUUUAACAAUGCAAUCGCUGGCAGAAAUCAAACAGAGAGAAAGACAGAGUGCCAAUCUAUGAUUAACACAAGUACUUUCUCUAAACUGUAAAAAUUUGAGUGAGCAAUUAGCUAGCAACUUUUAUAGUUAUCUGUCUUAUGUACCUUGACAAUCCAUUCUUCGUGUUAGCACCACUAUGUUCACACGUCUCGGUUAAUCAAAACAUGUCUACGAAGAAACAGGUGUUAGCAAACAACUUUAAUACAAAGGGUGUUUACCAAAAAAGUUGUUUACCAUGAAAGUUGUUUAUAAAAAUCGUUUAUCAAAAACUUGUUUACGUUUGUAACAAUUACGAACGGCCGAUGUAAAGAGCACUUCUAUGAGAAGAACAACUUGGUCCCUUGACAAGAUGGUGCAAUUGCUCAAGCUAAACCGAAAACUGAUUUAUGAGACCUUUCAAUCCAAAGAUCCUCAUUUUCAAACAAGUCAAGCUAACACCACUUUUUAAGAAAGGUUCGAAAAAGAACCCCACAAAGUAUCACCCAAUUUCUUUACUUCAGCAACUCUCGAAUUUUUUUGUCAUUUUUGGUGAAGUAAGAAAGUACCUCGAUGAAAAGAACAAACUACUUUGAUACCAACCUGGCUUUUUCCUCAUUCAAAGGAUACCGUCUAAUCUUACCUGAGUGACAAGAUUCUCCAAGGAUUUGAAACGGGAAUAUUUACAGGCAUGAUCUAGAUUGAUCUUUAAAAAGCAAUUGACACAAUCGACUAUAGCAUUUUCCUGGAUAAAUUAGCACACCUUUGCUCUGGUAAAUCUGCCAUCCUGUGGUGUAAAUCUUACCUUCAGGGUCGACUCUAUACGGUUAACAUAGGAAAGAAGUACUCUAAUCAUGAUGAUCUGUCGUGGAGGGUCGCUCAGGGAACUAUUAUUGGUCCUCUCAUAUUCCUUUUAUAUGUAAAUGACAUGGCACGGGCAGUCGAUUGUGACCUGUUUCUAAAUGCAGAUGAUUCUUGCUUAAAUUUUAGAGACAAAAGCAUUGGGCAGAUUAAAAACAACUUGAAUCGAAAUUUCAAUUCACUCUAUGAUUGGUUUGUAGAAAACAGGCUCAGCAUUCAUUUUAAAGAAGACAAACUAAAUCCAUUCGCUUUGGUCGAAAAAAAUUACAAAACCCUUAACAACUUAACAAAUUCGACAUCACCAGGAGGGGAGGUAUGAAGAUUAAGCAGCACUCAACGCUUUUAAAUGAUUUUAAUCAACCUCAUGGUCAAAAUAUGGUCACUGACCUAAAAAAGACCUUUUUAGAUCAGUGUUCCUGGUACCCAACCCAGGGUUGAAUGAGAGGCUCCUAACAAAGUUCAGGAUGGACCAAUGUGUCUGUGUCAAUAUUGUGAAGUUUGUCAUCAAAGGAAUUGCUCCAGCGUACAUUGUCAUCAAAGGAAUUGCUCCAGCGUACAUUGUCAUCAAAGGAAUUGCUCCAGCGUACAUUGCUGAGAUUUUUCAUCCGGUCAAGCAGGACCGAACAACGCGACAUUCAAUGUUCAAUUUAGACCUACCAUUUGGGAAAAGAAAUGCUGGACAAACGGCCCGUUAGACUAGGGCUCAAAACAUGGAAUAGUCUUCCAUAAAAGAAGGAAGAUAGCAUACAUGUCUACUACUAAGGACCGGCUUGCAACUAGCAACAGUUGUCAUGGUGACUCGGAGCAUUGUCUUGUUUGAAAAUAAAAAGGGAUUUUUUGUUCCCAAUAAAUCAUUUUCAAACCCUUUUUGAGAUUUUUGUCUCCAAGUCUCUUGGUAAUAUCCGGAAUAGCUCCAGACCAUUACACAAGCUAUGUUUACAAAAGUUUGCUGAAAUCAUUUUGGGCUAGCAGCUUGACCAGUUGUCCUCCAGACUCGAGACAUUCCUGAGUCAUCACGAAGCCAAAACCGGCUUUCAUCCAAAAAAAAUUAAAUCCUCACAAUUGGUUUAAGGCCAUUCAAGCAAUGCUUUUGCCCAUUUCAAUCCAAGCAUUUUGAAGGGUUAUCUGUAGGAAAUGGUCCAGAUAAAGUUGACUCUACAUCCACUUGAGUUGCGAAAUGUAGCUGGUGAGCUGCCCGACAAAUGCCUCUCUCCCCCCUUUCCGAAAGUUUUUGUGAUCGGCCAUGGCUGUAUGGCAAUAAAGCCUGUCUUUUCGAAAAUUUUCCAGAUUUUUUAAGCACCUGACUUUCUGCAGCUUACUUGCCUUGCAUUUUUCGAGAAUGAAUUUUCUUCCACUUCUCGAAAAUUUACCAGUGUUUGUUCGUUUUCCGAAUACUCUCGGAUGACGCCAUAUAAAUUUUUCCCACCAUUAUAAGAUCAAAAUGUUUCUAUUGCUGCACGUAAUCAAUGCAUUGGCAUCAGAUUUCAGGUCAUCGUUCCCAUAAUUUUCCGACUGUAUAUCCUUAAUUGCUUAAAUUGUCGAGAAUCAUGUAGUCACAUGGCCGUGAUGCGCCAUAUUGAGAAAUCACAGGGUUGCCAUGGUUUUUUUAUUGUUUGAAGCCAGUGAUGGUCACAGGGGACUGUAAACAUGAACUCGAGGCGGGAAAAAUUUGGGUAAUCAGGGUUAGAAACCGCAAAGCAAAUGGAAAUAAACAAACAUGGAAGCAACAACUUUAAGUGAUCUUAAUGGGAUAAGGUCAACAGCUGGCAGAAUUGUCGGGACGGCAUACCCAUCUCUGCGCACCUCCAGAAUAAAACAAAGUAAAGGCCGAGCUUUGAGUGGGAGCUGGACUCAUGUCCGCAGGGCGUUAGCAAAUGAUAAGCUUUACAGUGAAAGAACCAAAUCUACCACUGAGUGGUUUGAUGUGUGGGAUUCAUCCCAGCGAUGCAGGUUCUUCUUGUCAUUACUGCGGAGAUGCACUGCCAUGGAAUUGGCUUACAUUGAAGGAUGGUUUAUUCAAAGAUCUCCAAUUUUAAGACAAGAUUUCACAACAGUAUUACCAAGGUGGAUUUCAUUAUACAUCUUUUCUUUCUUGGAUCCAAAAAGUCUUUGUCAAGUGGCUCAAGUAUGCUGGCACUGGCACUUUCUUGGUGAGCAAGAUGCAGUCUGGAUGCCUAAAUGUGUUAGGCUUGGGUGGCUGCUACCAGUUUUUCCAAACAAGAAGGAGUAUGGAGCAUGGAAACUACACUAUAUACGCUGUAUUCAGAGCCUUGAUCACAAAGUUUCUGCAUACCAUGUCAGAGGUCCUGCAAAUAGUCAAAAUAUGAUUUCAAUUGAAGAUAGUGUGGUUUUUCAAAAUGAUCAUUAUGAAAAUGACUCUGAAUAUGAGUAUGAAGACCAGACAGACUUGAAGGAUUCUGCCAUUGUUCAUGACUCUCCCCGACCACAGUGGCAGACAACUGGCAAAAAUCCUGGCCUGUUUGAGAAAGAUUUUUUGUCAACUCUGAGCACAUCAAUGACAAAUAGGCCCAGACCUCCGGAUUCCAACAAUAACGAAGGAGGCCAUCAAAGAAGCAGGAGUGUUCCUGCUGAUUUUACAAGACCAGUCACUCUGAAAUUUGGCCGCCAGCUAAUGCGUGGAAAAACUGACGAUAAAGGCAAUUCAUAUUCACAGAAAGAUUUGUCAUUGAAACGACGCUCUUUUGCUGAAUUUUCAAAGAAAAACACUCAAAAAGACACGAGAAUUGAAAACCACAGUGUGGAAAGGCGCUUAAAGCAAACUGCAGGGUCACUGUAUCAAACCAGACGUGCCCUUGAAAGCAAAGCCUUUCACGUCUCUACAAUGGACGAUUCCAAGAUAAGGAACGACUUUUUAUAUGAUCAACCUGUUGUGCUGUUUAUAUCUUCAAGAAUGCCAUCGAAGGAGCUACUUCUGGACUGUACCCUUUUUGGUAUUGUUGCUAUUUUGUAUGAUUACGAGGGUACAACAUUAGAAGACCUCAUUACGAAGCUCAAGCUAAGGCUGUGCGGCAGAUUUGCAAGGUGCAUUGGUUUUUGUGUUGACGGUGACAAGACACAGGGCACCGCUAGAAUAGUUGAAGGUACAACCCUUUCCCUUUCGACUCUGAAGCAUCCGCAGAUGCAAGAGUUUUGGAGGGAGCUUUGCACUCGUAUUGCUGACAGCAAAGAAGCAUGCGUUGAUAUCUUCUGGCCGCUAGCUGCAUCAGAAAAUGGAACUGAACUCAUGGAAGAACUGUCCCGGAUAACUGGCACUCCAUUCUCGUGCCCAGCGGGUUACGAUGGCUCUUUGACUCGUAUGGAAACAGAAUGGAUCAACUCGACUGGUCGAGGCAAACCUCAAGAAAAGUACUUCAAAAGUAACAGAAUAAUGUUAUGGACGAAUCAUUGUGAAUACUUGGAGGAAACGAUGAGAUCUUUACGGAGCUUGUUAAGAAGUCAUCUGUACCAGGAGUAUUCGGGAAUAAUCAACAGAAUGAUUGGGAACCUUGCUGGGAAGUUGAUGAAAAUCGCAGACGUCAUUGAAGUUGAAAAGCUGUGUGGUGUGUUGUCUUCUGUUUGCACGUCAGAGUUCCAUCUGUUGUCAGAGGAAGAAACAAACAAUCGACUGCGGGCAAUCACUAGAAUGAUUUCUGAGCAAAGUGAAAGUGGUGGUGAAAAGUCUGACGGCAUGAAUAUAAAUGAAGAUCCUGGUGCGUCACAAGUAGAGCAGAGAACUCAAUGUGCUUUUGCUAUUUAUCAAACUGAAUGUCAGUAUAGAGAUAAGUUACAGAUUUUGAAGAAUGUUUACUUCAAGCCAUUGGCUUCCUGCGUCCAGUCAAACAGGGCCAUCAUAUCGAACAACUCAGUCAAAAUGAUAUUUAGUGACUGCGAUGCCCUAGAAAGGAUCUCAAGUCAACUAGCCAUCGACCUCAAAAAGAGGCUAGAUUCUUGGAAUUCAGAACAGUGCCUUGGCGAUGUUUAUUUGUCUUUCUCGACCAACCUCAAAGGUUACUCAAAUUUUCUCAAAAAUUACCCGACAAUCUUGAAGACAAUAGAAAGGUGCAUUGAAGAAACUCCAUCGUUCCGUGCAUUCCUGGAUCGACAAAAGAAAGCCAUGGAGUCAAGACAACUAAGUGUUCAAGAGCUGUUAUUGCUGCCAACGAAAAUAAAUUCAAGGCGUGCAGACCUUCUCUCGUCUUUGUUAAAAUGCACACCAAGCGAACAUAAAGAUCGGCAAUAUAUCGCAAAAUCAAUAAGAAAAAUGAAAGAAAUUUCCGACUGCUUUAUACAAGCCGAAGAAAGAGUUGAAAGGGAGGAAAGGUUUAAAGAGCUGCAGUCGAGAAUCAAAGGCUGUCCGCCAUUGACCCAGCAAGGCAGAAUCUUUCUCAGAGAAAUGGAGCUUUCAGAGCUACUUGCUUUAAAAGGAAAUGAAGAUGAUGACAACAGAUCGGCCUAUAUUCAUGUUCGUGAAGUGACAAUCUUCUUAUUCAACGAUAUAAUCCUCGUUGCAAAAAGAUUGACUCGGCUGAAUGCCUUUAAGCGCUCAACUCGCCAGGAACUCAGAUAUGAAUUCACCAUCGAUCCUACUCGUAUACGAGUUUCGGAUGCACCGGAUACUAAUUAUUUUCAAAAUGCAUUCACAAUUUCCUUUCCUGAACGCGAUUGGCUUCUUCAGGCACCUGGUCACGAGGAAAAACUUUCCUACAUGUCAACAUUGACACAGGUGUCGUCAUCCUCUGUCCCGAUGUCAGGAAAAUUGCUAAGCUAUAGGUAAAUUUAAGUCCCACAACAAAGACGUAAUAUUCAACGAUCUCCUUGAAAUAGUCUGAAGUGUUGGAGAAUUGUCCGUUGUCCGGAUUUCAUUUCCACAGAACUUGCACCAAAGUAUAAGAAGAAAUGCGGCGCGAAAUGAUUUGUUCAUUCUUAAUAGGUGUCCGCUGUUUGUAGGCGUCCGUUGCUGGUAGGUGUCCGUUGUUGGUAAGUGUCCAGUGUUGGAUGCACUGAAAUCUAAUAGAUGCACUGAUUUUAAUUGCAUCAAAUUAAAUAGAUAUGUAUAGUUGGUUCUAUAGUCACUCUACUGGAAAUCAGACCGUCGAUACAGUCGAUAAGCACCGUUUACUGCAUCCUCUAUUUGUAUUAAUAACCUUGAAAUAGAUUUUUAGCAAAGUCUACCGCUAUGGAAUGAAAUAUAAUAAAACUUAGAUGAACAGCUAUGCUAAACUUGUGUAAAAAGGCUAACAAAUCGUUGUAGUUAUAAGUUUAAAUCAAUUAAGUCGUAUAGUAGUUUAUUAUGAAACGAUCCAUUAUUGUGAAACCGAAGCAAAAUUGAAAAUUAAUGUAAGCUCAAAGUUUGCGUAUAAUCAUGAUGAUAUUUCCCACACAAGAAAACUAGCAAACUUUGGGCACGUGUUUCCAUGUGAAAUCCAAUAGAAGAAACUGGUGUAAUUUCCCCAUAUUAUUAAAAAUAUUUUGCAGGGAUUUAAGAAACAGCAUCUUCGGUCUUGAAAGCCCUGCGGUUAAAAAGCUAAUAGUAUAACCAAUGCCCUGGGUACCAGCCUCAAUGAAUCCAAUAUAAAAUAUACGCUCAAAUGAAUCCAAAAAAGAUUGCCUUUUACUCAGGCUAUAUAUGUAUAUUUUUGAAUAUAUGUAUGCAUUUUUUAACUUUGCUUUUAUAUUGCUGUGUUCGUAUUAUUUUGGUAGAAAUGCAGUAGUCUGAGCCAAUUAAAUGUAGAUAAUUUUUGAUAAAUGAAAAAACGCUUGAUAGAGAAGGGUUGCCUAGAAGACCUUUUUUAGAUAACUAGAACCCCUUUAUUCCUAAAAGGCAUAGUCAUUUGUAAUGAAAUGCAAUUCAUUACUUUCAAGGGUAAACGCAGCUCCUAUAAAGUGGGAAUGCAGCUCUGGGGGAGGGGGCAGCAACGCCCAGUAUACUCCUGGAAAUAGAAUAGUUCCCUUUUUAUAUAUCGAAUCCAAUACCCUGGGUGCUCAGAGAGUCAAGGGAUGAAGAACGGGGGAAGGAAUUGCGAAGGAGAAUGAAAGAGCAAACGUACGAAUCCAACAUCUUUUCCAAAAAAGGCAAUCAAACAUCAUUUACUGACGACAAAACGAAAGGGUUCUGCCUACCUUAACCCCACAAAGUUUUUUUUGGAAGGGGUGCAAACCCUGAAUCUCCCUUUGCAUACGGGAGAUUGGUUAUUGUUCAAUAUUGAGCACCCUACUAGUAAUUAACGUGACCCUGCCAGUUCCAAUUUGAUACAUUGAAUUUUAACCUCCUUUACUCUAUUCUGUUUAGAAAUACCUAGAGCAUUUCCCUUUAGUUUUUUUAAUCCUUGUAAUUGAAAAUGAAUUUGGUUAAUAUAUAACCAACCGAAUUAAGAAAAUAAUAAUUAAAGAUUAAUGAUUUUUAUCCAUCAUUUUAUUCGUCUUUGUGUUUCUUAAUUGAUUUCAAAAGCACAACUGUAAGAGUAAACCGAAAAGAAAGUCCCAAGCCAACUGCAUUGAGUAUUUCUCGAAACAUUGAUGCAAAUAUGACAGGGAUAGCAAUACUGGUGUUGGACUGGCAGGACUGCAAACUAAGUUUUCCGGGAGGGGGGGGGUUACUCCUAUUAUGUUCUAACAGGGGGUCCAGUGAGGGUCAAUGAAGGCCAAAGCUAAAAUGUUGAAAAAUUACCCUCAAAUAGUAGUGUUUUUUUACCAUAACCCUCAAAUAGUAGCAAAAGGACGGAAACUAUGCCAUUGGUAGCAUCCAUUUUUUUGUACGCGCCUGGUCCUUCUUUGAAAAAAUUUCUUCGUCAUUGACUGUUGUUGAUUCGGGGAAGAUAAAACCUUGUUUAUUGUCUAUAAAAAUCGCAAGCUAAACUAAGCCGUUAAGUUAUUAUCGAAACUGGGGCAUUUGGUAGCCAUUUGGUAAAACACUCAAAUCGAUUGGACCCCCCUGUCAGACCUUAAUGGGAGUACCCCCCCCGGCCUAAAUUUACAAUCAUGUUGGCAGCACUGAGGGUCAAAUAGGGUCAUUGUUGAAUCGGGCUCAAGUAGAGGAUUUUGCUCUAAAAACCUUUCCGUAUUAUUUUGUUGUGCCAAAGAGGGAACUCGAGACUGACUGGGGACAAAAAGUCUUAGCCUGCCUGUGGCAUUGGAAGAUAGAAAAAUGUCUGGGUCGUCGGAUUUUUUUACCGCGUUCAGUAUUUACCGGAAAUUUCUCAUCCGGGACUGUAUUUGCCGGGCUUGUAACAGAGAGCUUUAACUUGCGUUUUUGUCUUUUAGUGAGAUCAUUUAAAUGUAUAUGAAUAUCAAUGCAAAAUAUGUGGCUUUCACUUAGUUCAGUUCAUCCCAGUUCAUUGCUUUUCUCAUGUCAUCUUCAUACAUAUAAAUCGUGUCACCACCAACGAAGUUGUAAAUCUCUGAGUGUUUUAUAGCAUAAAAGAAGUCAUUCAUAAAAAUUUUGAAUAAAAAGGGGCCAAGUGCUGACCCCCGUGGAACUCCUUUUGGUAAUGGUAGUAUUUUCCAGCUACUAAAGCUAUGGCCUAUUUUGACCCUCUGCUUUCUCUCAGGAUCACUUGUUUUGGUGUUGAGUUCAAAUUCAGGCAGAGUUUGAAAAGAAUAAUCCUGCCUAGACCGUGAAAAAGAUAAAGUAAUGAAGCUUAUGUAUUUAAAAUUAUGCGAGGAUUUGGCAACGAUGUUUGGAAAAUGUUUAUUGGAACCAUAUUUUGAAACUGGCUGUUCUUUAUCUAUAUAAUUUUCCCAGAAUAUUUAUUAGAUAAUUGAAACGACUUUUUUUAUACUCAAAAAUAUAUCCAAGCUCGCGCUAGUGAAAUUUGCCUGCAUUUUGAGAUUUUAUCAUUUUUCAUGAAAUUCUGAAGGUAUUCGCAGGACUUAAUUGAGAUUGGGGUAGUUGUUGCAAAUGAAGUUAGCGACAGUAAACCUUUAUGAAGUCUAGACCAGGCUGUAUGGUCACGUGAUUGUACAUACCAGUCUGAUCUGUCCGUCGAUGUCGUUCAAAGCCCACGUGACGUGUCAAUAAUGGUAGACCAAAAGAAUUUUUACUUCCUCGCUCCUCGCUUCAGUUGUCAAUUUGCGAAGCCCAGUCAGAUUCGCCUGUGCUGUAGGAGACAAACGUGAAUCAUGGUGCUUUCUACGUUGCGAAGGUUAUUUUAUAAGCACCGAUAUAUUGGAAAUGCAGUAUUUUACACAUGCCUACUUACUUCUGCCGAUUUUGUAUGUCAGAAAAUACAAUUUGGUGUCUUGUCGAGCUACGACUAUGAACGAACUGGUAGAAUGGCGACUAUGGGAUUUUUCUACUAUGGGCCUGUCUCUACUUUUGUGUACAACAAUUUAGAUAGAAUAUUGCCUGGUAGUGGUGCAAAGGUGGUAAUGAAAAAAUUGAUUUUUGAUCAGAUGGUUUUCACGUGCAUAUCUACCGGAAUUUUUUAUGUAGGAAUGUCACUAUUGGAAGGAAAAACUUGGAACGAGACUAAAGCUGAGCUCAAAAAAAAGUUCUUGCCAACAUAUGCGGCAAGCUUCAUAAUUUGGCCUACAGCACAGGCUAUUAACUUUGCAUUCAUACCAACUGCUUAUCGUGUGGUGUAUAUAUCAACUAUUGCUUUCUUUUGGGUCAUUUCCCUGUCUUAUCUGAAAAACAAAUCAGAAUUGCCCUACAUGCUCAAAGUUAUUGAAGACUUGACCAAAGAGAAGGAUGAAGUAAAAGAAAUUCAGUUUGGGUCAUAGGAUGAAACUUCAAUGGUUUUUUAUAGAAUGAAAAUCACUUUUGUGCUUGUGUUGCCACAAUGUGAGGUACAGCUUUGUAUACUUUUUUAGCUUGGGAAAAUAUUUUACACAUAGUUGCAUUUAUGAUGAAAUGUUUAACAUACAUUUCACAAAAAAAACAUAUUUAGCUUACAUUCACAUUUAGACAUAUUAUCAAUUCAAUUUUUUAGAAUCCGGGAUAAGAGAAGACAUAUUAUAAUAAAACAAACAGGGCUUUUUAAUUAUAUGAUUGUGUUCUCAAAAAUGUUGGGAGUAACCCACAUGUGAUGUGAUGCCCUGCUGAGCUGGUACUGAUUGCAUUCAUGUAUUUUUCGUAUAUGUUAAUUCAGUGUUUAAGGCAAUUCAUAGUUAAUGAUGUAGCCAUAGCUUGGGAAAAGGAACCUUUCGGGCUGUGGCAAGUAAAUUAUUCCCGACAUCAUGUCCAUGUGAAUUCCAACUUUGUAACAUGAGAAAUAUUUUUCAAAUGAAACAAGUUAUAGAAUAAAGCAACAGUCAGUGUACUCAGAAUGUAACCAGUGUCUUACGAAAGCUUCUUAUUGGAUGUGUUUAGAAACUAUUCUUUGUACAUUUUCAAUUUUGUGACAGCAUACGUUUGUUACUAUAUAGAAGAAAUUGAUAGUUGUAUAUAUAUUUUUUCAAAGUAUAAUUCAAAGUACAUUACAUCUGUGCAUAUUCAAAAGUUGUAAAAUUUAUAGCUCAAAAUUGAAACCAAUUAGUUUUUUGGUAUUUUGUAUUCGUCAUAUUUCGAUGCAAGAAUUUAAAAUACAUUUUUAUAAUGGGGAUAAAAUGAUUGCACAAUGCAUUCAUCUGUUUUUUUGUUUCAUCACUCUAUGGUUUUUUGUUAUUAGCAGUUAAUACCCUGAUAUUAAAUAUCAUGUUAAACUUGUUAAACUGGAGCUACGAAAUUUCGAAUUCAUACGUAGUUUUCCAACUGGUUUUCUUAGGCUUAUAUUAGAAUGACUAAAUUCUGAACUAAAGUAAGUCAGGAUGUUUUAAAGAGAAAAUAUGUGUUGAAUAGAAAUAAGAUUUUCGAAUAGCACUAUUUUGUGCGUGUUUGCUUUGCCAUAUAGUCGGAAAUGAGGUAUUUUUCAGUAAGUGUUCUUGUAGAAUUCAUUUUUUAGAGUUAAUGAAAGGUUAGAAGUACUGCUUUAAGGAUUUAACAAAGUUUUCUAAAUGAAGUACGACGGAAAGAUGGUGUCCUUUGAUCUUACAGUAACCUGUAAAGAAUAUUUUCAAGAAGCGAGCAGGUUUUUUCAGGAGUCCUACAAGGCUCAUUUCUAGAGCCUCAUUAGCCGGAAGAACGAGAAACGAGUUGGCAGUUAGAAAUCCUACCUAUUACGAGCAAAUAACUAAACGGUUCUCAGAACGGACGGUAUAGAGUAAAUUUUCAUGCCAAUAAAGUGAAUUUGUGAGAUUGCAUUUUAAAGGAGAAGAUUCGAGCUUGGUAGAAUGAUAUAAAAAAAACCCAAAAAAGUUUAGGGACAAGCCUCCUAGCCCCGUUCCAGCCAUUCCUUGUGGACUUGUGCCAGUGUGACCUGAUCUAGCAUAAUAUUAUGGUUUUAGCAUCACAUUGGCCACAAAUCGUCAUUUAGCAUAAAAUCAUUGUUCAAUUGAUCCGUUGUCUAUCGUUACCAAAUGGGAGUAAAUUGGGAGUAGAUUGUGCCUUUCCAUUUUCAGGAUUUUACCAGAUGUUUGGAAUGGUUGGCAGCCACAUAUCUUAUGGUUGGCAGCCAAAUUAAACCAGCUAAAUGCAGUAUACAAAAAAGCUAAAUUUUUUCUAAUUGUGAGGAGUGAUAGCGUAAUCAAAAUUUGCUUUGUAGGUUACAAAAGUUUUCACUUUUAUCUUAAAUUGUAUGUUUCUUUUACUUUGUUUCAUCAUUCAUCAUUUGCAAUUUUGAAAUUAUUUUAAAAAGUUUUGAAUAUCAUCUGUGCAAAAAUUUUUGUAUCCUUUGCAUUUCGUUGUUUUUUGCAACAUGCGGCCAGAAUUCAGUCAAAUUUUGCUUCUUCGGCCAAAUCAAUUUAUGACGGCCAAGGAGUUUUGAAAAACUGCUAAAAUGGAGAAAUUUAGCCAUCAAAACCAUUGAUCUAAAUUGCUAAUUCUUAUUUAUGAAGAAUGAGUACGCUGGGCUUUAGAUGAGUGGUCAAAAAGGCCAAAUGGCAACUCUGGCCUCUUUAUAUUCUAAGCAUGUGUUAGCCUCUUUCUCGAGCAGGGUUGCCUUGAUUUGAAAUUUAACAUAAUUUUGCAAAUCUAGCACAAUCUUAUGACAAAUUUGGCAUAAUUCCAAAAUUGAGAUCUGGUCACACUGGCUGGUGCGUGGUGUCUGCAUUACAAAAAAGAUCGUGCUUUCAAAUUGUGCGAAAAGAUAAUAAGACAAGACAAGCACAAUUUGUACAUCAGUGAGAGAAUAGAUUAUUUGCCAUAUAAACAAGAAUCUCGUUUAUAGUAUCAAAACUUUUUGAAGAACAGAAUUUGAUGAAAAAUAAUUUGACGGGCUGAAUGCAAUUUUGAAUUCUUCAUAAGCAAAAAGGGGUUUAAGCAAGCUUCACCCAGCUUUUGUCCCAGACAAAAUAUUCAUUCAAUUAUGCAUUAAAUUUUAAGAAAUAAAUGACUGAGAUCGCAGAGAUCUGAGACUUCUACGAGGAUGAGGUGAGUUCUCAGAGGACUUCUACCAGACGAGACAAUGGCACGGAUUCUCGCAGCAAACCCUAUUUCUGCCGAUGUAGAGAAGCUGAUUCCCACCUACAAAAAGAUAGAAGCAGGUGGGGAAAGCAGAAUAGCUCCAGAAAAACUAACCAGAUAUAUAUAGAUAUAGCAAUAAAUAAUCUUGCAAGUUUCAAAUUCCAUGAACAGCUGCAGAGAUAUGGCUCCAAAGUCUAGCAAGCAAGACCGAUUUAAGGGAGUUUUUGCAGGAGAAAGGAAAGAAAAAGGAACAUUGAUAGAGAUCCGAAAAAACCAUGUAAAAAGGUUUCCUUUCGAUACCUUUUUGCUCACAAGUUAAGACAUCAUUAUAUGUUGCUAAUUUUCUUAUUAACCCAAUCCAUGUAUUGCAAAGAAUCAGCUUUUGCUUCUUAUACUUCAUCCAUUUAAGAAUUUGCUCAAUUAGGACAUGCUACUUGCACUCUGGUGGCAGUUUUUAUAUUUGCCACGCCUAUGUAUCAUGCCAAUCCGAGUAAAGCACCACGCUCAAUUUUUAUCAAAAAAUUGUGAAUCUAUAAAAAAAAUUUAUUUUAGGCCCUACGAGAAGGCUUACUAUCACUGUAGAAAACAGAUUGUUUUUAAUCUUAUUUACUUGUUGUUGUUUUUUCAGUAGAACUAUUUUGGACUUUUGACCCUGCUAUUAUUAGAAACUUUUAGCAUUGUUUAGGCAUGUCCUCGGGGACACGUGACAUUUCUUCUCGUUAUAAGCGUGUCUUCGAGGAUUUGCAUUAUAGCCCUAUAUAAGCUUUGGGCGUGUUUUACCCAGUAAGAAGAGA